AUGGAAGUCAUCACAUGUCUCACCAUGAAAACCAUCAUAAGUCUCAUCAUGGAGGCCAUCACAUGUCUCAUCAUGGAAGCCAUCAUAUGUCACAUAAUGGAGGUCAUCACAUGUCUAAUCAUGGAGGCCAUCAUAUGUCUCAUCAUGGAAGCCAUGGCACAUCUCAUCAUGGAGGCCAUCACAUGUCCCAUCAUGGAGUUUCCAAUACAUCCCAUCAUGGGGGUCAUUCCAUGUCCCACCAUGGAAGUUCUCAUCACAAAAAUCACCAUAAAUCUCACCAUGGAAUUUCUCAAAAGUCUCAUCAUGGUGGUCACCACAAAAAAGAACAGCUCUGGGCUUCACAGUAGUUUCAAGGCUGAUGGUCUGUUUGAUGUAAACGAGAAGGAAAUCAUGCAACUUUUGAAUGAGCGCCUAUCGUCCUAUCUCGGUGAGGUCCGCACUCUGGAAAUGGAAAAUGCUCAACUGGAAAGGAAGAUUUGUCAAUGGUAUGAAAACAAUCCUCCAAAAACCCCUCCUGAUGGCACUGAAUACUUCAAGAUAAUUGAUAAACUUCAGGACGAGAUUAUAGAAGCUACCCUGGAAAAUGCAAAUAUUAUGCUUGAGAUUGACAAUGCCAGGUUGGCCGCUGCUGACUACAGGAGCAAGUAUGAGCAGGAGCUUGCUCAGAGUAACAAUAUGGUGGUGGAUAUGAAUAAUCUUGGAAGAGUUUUGGAAGCAUUAAGUGGAGAGAAUAAUGAUCUAGAGAUGCAUGUCCAAAGCCUUCAGGGAGAAGUGAACAACCUGAAGAGCAACAGUGAGGAGGAGAUAGAAUCUCUUCUCUCCCAGUUGGGUGCCAGAAUUAAUGUGGAAAUGAAUGCAGCUCCAUCCAUUGACUUAAAUGAAGCUUUGUCUGAGAUCCGGGAGGAAUAUGAAACUCUUAUGCAACAAAAUCUUAAAGAAGCAGAAGACAUGUUUCUCGAAAUGAGUCAGGAGCUGAGCCGUGAGGUUGCUUCAAGUUCCGAACAACUCCAGUCUAUUGGAACUGAGCUCAUCGAAAUGAAGCGUUGUGUUCAGGCGCUUGAAAUUGAGCUACAAAGUGAACUGAGUCUGAAAUCUGCACUGGAGGGCACGUUGGCCGAAACUGAAGCUGCUUUUGGAUCAAAGCUUGCCGAAUUACAGUGCUUGAUCAAUAAUAUGGAAGCAGAUCUUGCUUCAAUCCUAUCUAAUCUGGAACGUCAGAACUAUGAGUACAAGGUUCUUAUGGACCAGAAGACCCACCUGGAGAUGGAGAUCGCUACAUACAAGCGCUUGCUGGAUGGCCAUGAUAUUGAUAUCUCCACGCAUGACAUGUCACAUGGGAAACACGGUCACCACACUGGGAGCUACCACCACCUAAAACACCACGGAGGAAAACACCAUUCCUCUGGUAACCACCACGGAGGACACCAUCAUGAAAGUCACCAUUUUGGAGGUCACCACCACGGAGGACACCAUCAUGAAAGUCACCAUUUUGGAGGUCACCACCACGGAGGACACCAGCAUGAUGGUCACCAUUUUGGAGGUCACCACCAUGGAGGACACCAGCAUGAUAGUCACCAUUUUGGAGGUCAACACCAUGGAGGUCAUCAUUCCUCUGGACACCAAAGUGGAGGACAUCACUCUUCAAGUCAUGAAAAGUGUUAG